AUGGCACAACGACUUCCCAAGUUUAUCAUAAUCCAAUCCAACUUCAACCACAGAUACCUGCACUUAGAAAAGGUUAAUCCAACCGCAGCUGAUUCCCUCCGAUUUGAUGGAGAUUACAGUUUCGGGCUUGAGACCAGAUUUGAGGUAGUGCCAGCUACCACUGAAAAUGGACUGGUACACAUCCGAUCCAAACUAAAUGACCGCUUCUGGGCAAACAUGGGGGGCCCCAACGGAUGGAUCACUGCCACGUCCGUCAAACCUGACGAGAAUCGAUCUAGCCAGUCUUGCACGCUCUUCCAGCCGGUUUACUUGAAUUCCAACAGCAACAAGAUCGUCCGGCUCCUCCAUGUCCACACCAGCUACUAUGUUUCCUUCUUUAUGGGCACCAACCAGACCAAUGGUUGCUUAAAUUUAAUUAGCAACUCGCAACUCACUGACCAGCGCGAUCUGUUUACCAUCAUUGACUGGCAAUCAAUCGUGAUGUUUCCCGACAUUAUCAGAAUCAAGGGCGACAAUGGAAUGCACCUCAAGGCCUUUUCAGACGGGUUAUGGAUUAUAAUUAUGAAGUCGCUAAUUCUCCAGAUUUUGAAUAUGAGGUGUUUCCAAGUCGUGACGGAGGCUCUGCCUGAAAGUGUCCAAUAUGGCAAUAUUGGAAGCUUGACAAUAAUCGUCGUGGGUAUGGGCAUAUGA